AAUUCGGAGCCCACGGUCGGUGCCCUUUUUCCCUCUCCCUGUCUCCCAUCUCUCUCUCUCUCUCUCUCUCUCUCUCUCGUUUCGCCCCUUCUACCCAUGUCCUCUCUCUUCAUCUCCCUCCGCUCCGACCACCACGAAGAGAAGAUCUCCGGCGACGAGGCGGCGCCGCCUCCUCCUUCCGCACAAUCCGAAACCGGGGGAUGGCUCUCCGGCCUCAUCUCCGGCGCCGGGAAGCUCAUCUCCUCCGUGAUCGGCCCCGACUACUCCUCCUCUUCCUCGCUCGAUUCCUCUGAUGACGACGACGACGACGACGACGACGUCGAUCUCGAUGAAGAUCAGGUCGCUGCUGUGUCUUCCAAAAUACAUGAUGAGUUAAUUUCGGGAGGACAAGAUACAAGGGUACCCGAGGUUUGUAUGGAACGAUCGCUAGCAAUUGUUUCAGAAAUUGAAUCCAAAUAUGCCAUAGAACAGUUGCUCAUGCAAGAAUCAUUUUCACGCGAGGAAUGCGAUAAACUAGUAAAGAUAAUCCAGUCACGAGUAGUAGACUGUGGACCUUCUGAAUUGGGGCAAAUUGGAGUAGAAAAGGAAUUAUCCCUCAUUGCCUCUGGAACUGAUACUGCUGUGCCAUUAGCUUGGUACAAGGGGGAACUACCAAAAAGAAUAUCAUAUUCGUCAGGUAGUCCAAAUAUUCUCUCUCCUGAGCCAUUUUUUCACCGGGAGCUUGCACCCGAUUUUCACGACAAAGCUGUUACGGAGGCAAAGAAAUGGUUAGAGGCGAAAAGAACAUCAUCAAGUCCAAAAUCUCGUUUGGAUUAUGCACGCUGUUCUCUGAAUACUGAUAUGUUUCAUGCUGAUUUUGAAGGCCAAAUCAGUUCACCUUCGGAAAUGGCUAAAUCAUACAUAAGAUCUUUACCUCAGUCUCCAUCUUUUGGUGGUAUCAGGUAUAAGUCCACACCACCUUGUGGUGUGCCUCUGGUUAAGGAAGAAACAACAAAUAUGCGUCAUCCAGCACACUCAUCAAAGGUUCUGAAAAGGAAUCAAGAAACUUCUGUUUCAGAGGAUGCUCUUGAUAAUUCUCGAAGAGUCAGCAUCAGGCCAACCGGAAAUUUGUUAAGCAUUUCAAAGUUCACGAAAGUUAAUUUUCCCAGCGGAUAUUCUGACAAUGAAGCUUCUAGAAUCCCAUCUGAAGCUGGUCAGGGAGGUAUAGAAGAAGCUCUUCUAGGCAUUAACAAUUAUACAAACUGUUCAUCAACGAAGAGAAGUUUUGAUGAAGCUUUAAAUUUAUCUUUUAAGAAUCAUAAUACAUCAGUUGCCCCAGUUGAAACACCAAUAUUAACUGCUUUGCCCUUGGGACCUAUACCUUAUCAAGUUGGUCGAUAUCCUAUAUUUCGUGAUUCUAUUUUCCUCGCACCAGAUAAGCAUAAGGAUCCCCAGGAGCCCUCUCUGGUCAACAAACAAGUUUGGAAUGCUUCUACUCCCCUCGAUUCUCAUGCCAUGGCGAUCAAACAAGAGGAGCAUGAUGAGUUUGUACUAGAUGACUCAAGUUCUGUACCAAAACUAAUGCUAAAGGAGGACAUUGAUGCUGCACCUUGUUCAUCACCGGAACAAAGAACAGAACAUCCUGUUGGUUAUAAAAGAAGACGUCGAUGUUCGGCUGAGACUACCUCUUGCCAUCAAACCAAUAGCUGCAGAGGCCAAUUAGGGAAUGGUGCUGUACUGAAGGAAAACCAGCAGAUGCUUAUAGAAGGGCAAGCAAGCACAGGUCGGACUCGGGGGAGAAAAGCAGUGGCGAGACCGGGGAGAGGGAGGGGAAAGAUGAGGUGAUUGGUUUUUCUACUGAACCAAAGUUUUGCGUUGGUGUUACUAACACAUGUAAAGGUCGUAAAAUGGAUCUAGUAUACACUACACUGGGAAGAGAUCGGGUGAAGAUCACAUAAAAGUCAUUCAUGUAAAGAAGAUAUGAUGUACCAACUUUCGAUGUAUUAUAAAUCAAUUUGCAGUGAGUUUUGAGUUUUGUUCA